GGGGCUGUUCCGCCUACUUUGCGCAUGCGUGGUGUGGCGCGUCGGUAGUCGCCUGGCGGAACGAUAUUUUGUCGCUGUUGCUCCAUCUCCUUGCCCUUCUCCAAGGAUAAUAGUUUACCUCUUCCGAGUUGCUUCUGAUAACGUGAGCAUGGGACGCUCCUCCAAGGACAAGCGUGACAUUUACUACCGUCUGGCCAAGGAAGAGGGGUGGAGAGCCCGGAGUGCAUUCAAACUUCUGCAGCUGGAUGAGGAGUAUCACUUGUUUCAAGGUGUCUCUAGGGCUGUGGAUCUCUGUGCAGCUCCUGGGAGCUGGAGUCAAGUUCUGAGCCGAAAGCUCAAAGGAGAUGAUACUAAAAUAGUGGCUGUUGAUUUGCAAGCCAUGGCUCCUUUGGCCGGAGUCAUUCAAAUCCAGGGGGAUAUCACCAAGGUCUCAACAGCCCAGGAGAUCAUUCGCCAUUUUGAGGGGCAGCCAGCUGACCUGGUGGUGUGUGAUGGAGCCCCUGAUGUGACUGGACUCCAUGACAUAGAUGAGUACAUUCAGGCCCAGCUGUUGCUAGCUGCUCUGAACAUCACGACACAUGUGCUGAAAAGGGGAGGGACUUUUGUAGCCAAGAUAUUCCGGGGGAAGGAUGUCACCCUCCUCUAUUCCCAGUUGAAGAUUUUCUUCCCUGACGUGACCUGUGCCAAACCCCGAAGUAGCCGCAACUCCAGCAUCGAAGCCUUUGCAGUUUGUCGAAAUUACAGCCCGCCAGAAAGCUAUGUACCAAACAUGUCCAAUCCCCUGCUGGAUCACUCUUACGAUGUGGAUUUUAACCAGCUGGAGGGCCCUAAUCGGGUCAUUGUCCCCUUCCUGGCUUGUGGAGAUCUGAGUGCUUAUGAUUCUGAUCAGACUUAUCCUCUGCAGCUGGAUCCUGAGAAGAAAUAUACCUACACGCCUCCCACCCAGCCUCCCAUCCACCCUCCCUAUGAAGAAGCCUGCUUCUUAAAGAAAAACAACCUGCUAUCCAAGGAGUUAGCACCGCAACCGCAGCAGCAGGCUGCCCUCUGUGAGACUCUGCGGCAGCCCGAGGUGGGGACAGAGGGCUUUUCUUUGGAGAAGGAGGUCAUUGGUGCCUUGGAGGAACUGUCCACAUGACAUAACCACAGAUGGGACAUGUGUGCAUCCUGCCCCCUGCUGGUUUGAAUGAUUUUUCAUUCUGUUUUGGUUAAUUUAUAGAUUAAUUAAUUAAAUAAAAAAUUUUAUUUAAUCUUUUUCUUUACUUAUUCAAAGCUUUCUUCAGUGUGGGAGCUGGCUAAGGUUCUUAUUGUAGAGUCCCAGGUUCAAAUCCCUGUUCAGGUUUGUUGGAGGGUAUUUCUUAGCCCAAGUGACCUGAUAAGCUGUCUGUGAGCUACAGACGGACACUAUGUAGGUUUUUGAAAAGUGCUGUAGAAAUUAUCAUUUAUGAUCACAUACUGCUUCCCAACCACUCCUCUUGUUCUUCCUGCUAUAUAUCCUUCCUGCUUUUUAAAGUAUAGUGUUGUCUUCAAUCUCACAGUAAAAGCAUGGUAUAUGAAUGGACUGAAAUUGCCCCCCCCCCCAUGCAAACCUUGAUCUUGUGCCUCCCCCUCACCACAAGCAUGGAAUUUUGUCUUGCCAUCCCUUCCACCCAGGUCAGAAGGUCUUCUUGCUAUCUGUCCUCAGAAGUCCAGUGCUGCUGUGCUUUCCCCGAAGGCGGCCCUGUUCCCUGGAGAUCUGGUUACACAACAGUGAUGCCAUCAGCAUCCACUUUGACAACCUGGGCUUGGACUUGGAUUCCAUUUGAAGGUGGUUCAGCUCUGGUUCUUUGAUAUUGCAAGUUUGCCUUAAGUCCCUCCACCCUUUGUGCUUGCAUCUUCUGAUUGCCAGGUCUGCAUCUUUCCCACUGCCCGCUCAUAGGUUGCUCCACAAUGAAAUCAUACUGGUCCAGAGGGGAAUGCUCAAUUGUACACAAAGACUCAUUGAACAGGUAACCAGAGUUCAUUCUUUCCAUAGGUGCAGCAUCCACAUGGCUGCAGCAGCUGGAUGGAGUCACCUCUGUCUGGGAGGCCUGAUGAUGAGUGAUGUGCUGGGUGUCCGGUUGUGGUUCAGCCCUUCGAAAAGAGCGAUGGGCAAAUAUGCCAAUAAAAAACAUCUCAACAGCUAGCGAAUAGUAGAAGAUCACUGGAGAGGGGAGAGGAGAGUUAAAAAUGCAGAAAGGAUGGUGUGCACACUGCAAUGGUUUUACUGAGUGACCCUAGUUUGCCAAACUGGUCUACUACAUUGGUAGAUUUUAUCUUGCCCUUUAGUCAGAUACUGGGUCCAGGCCUGGGGAAGACCCAACCCUACAAAGAUCCUGGUUUUCCUUUCUUCCUGCAAGGGCACUGGACCCCUUCUCUAUGGGAUGGCAAGCCAGUCAGCUGUUCCAGAGAUGCCAGUCCAGAGGGUGAGCUGGCCUGCUGCCUAUUUUGAGUUCUCUCUGUGUGGAUUCUGCCCUGCUGGAUAAAGUUGAGCUGCUAUUUUGCUGAUUCCCACUACAAACACUAACACAAUUUCAUUUUCAAUGCCCACUGAAUGUAUUUUUAUUUAAGCAAGGCUUCCCUGACUAAUCAGCCAUACUUUUAUUGGUACAUUUUAAAAACCUUAAUACUGGAUUUUGAUGAGGACAAAACCCUCUUCUGUUGUUCACUGCUAAGAUAUUUUAUUGGAUGUAAAGCAAUAUGUAAAAUUUGCAAAUAAAUAAAGCCCCAUGAAAGGCUGUUCCAGAGGAUUGGGGACACAGUCUGGAAUAGCACAGCAGUAGUGUUGGGGGCAGCAAUUGGAAACCAGCAAAUCUCUUUCCCCCACCCCCAAACAUGCCUCCAGCAGAAGUCUUUGCUGGAUCUGGGUUUCUUCCAUGAUCAGAAGGACCGCUCUCUUUUUGCAAAAUGGCAAGUGUGGAGUCACCCCACUCAUGGCUCCCCCAAUUUAAUGAACUCUCCCCUUAAAGUUUAAGGUUCCAUAUAGCCUGAAGUGCCUGUCUAAUCUUGGAAGCUAAGCAGUAUCAGGCCUGAUGGAUAUCUGGAUGCAAUGUUGUAAACUGCCCGGAGGUUUCAGCAAUG